CAUACCCUCUGGAGGGGGGGGGGGGGCUCACGAGCUCCUUUGUUUGUCCCUGGGGAAAGGGUUUCUAAAGAAGGCCACUGGGGCCGUGGGGAUACUAGAGGGUCCGGUCCCUUCCCUUUGGAGCGGUGGGCCUGGGCGAGGCGGGGUAUUUCUCUAGGCUGCAGGGGGGUCUCACAGAAUGUGCUGCUGGUGAGGUUUCAGGGUGUUAGGGUUCCAGUUGACGGGUGAAUAGCACCAUCCUGAGAUGUCCUUGUAUAAUAUUUUUAUCAAUUGAUUUUCUGUCUCUUCUCUGACGAGGGUCCUAUGGGCGCCCAAACCCUUCAUCCCUAGACUCCUGAUGAGCAGAAAACGCCAUGGGGACUGGCCUUGGUUUUCCAGUUCUCUAGUCUGGCCAGGGGAUAAAGACAGCCCCAAACGCCAGCCCCUUCCUUCCCUCCUUACUUUCGAUUUUCACUCCCUUCCUUCUUCCCCUCUCUGGCGCUCAAACAGAGGCACACGAGGGGCUACCAGUGGCAGCUCUCAACCGCCUCGCAGGCCAGAUCCUCGGUGCAGGCGAGUUCUGCAGCGAUUAUCUAAUAAUAGCCUGGGCUGCUGAGAAUAGAAGCUGGCUCAGGGACUCUGCUCACCAGGGGCUCGGGGCUGGGCAGAGGCACUGAACCUGUGUGCUCCCGCCUGGCGAUGCUGAUACAAGCCCCCAGGAUUUAGCUCUGAGUCCACUCUCUGGGCACGCCAGGCCUGCCCCUCACAGGCUCUGUCAGCCCUGGCACGGGCUGUAUUUCAUGCACCAGCUCCUAGCGAGGGAGAACUGGGCAGAGCAAACCCUUUCUCUCCCCGAUCUGACAGUUGUGAUCCCCGUGAAGAAUGCGACCUUGUUUGGAGAAGGCGGCCUUGUUGGGUUGGCUGUUGUGUUCGAAAACCAGGCUUGGUAGCUUUGUACACAUGUAUAGGGGCUCAAGUGUACAGACUCGGACUUUUGCGUGAAUAUGCACAGACUCGUAUUUCCUCAUUGGUUUGAUUGUAUGUUACCAUGCCUGUAUUCGCUCAGACACCGUUUUAUGUGCAUGCAAAAUUUUAUUAGCCCUCCCGAGGUGGGCAAGGGCUCCAGGGGACACUGGGUGCACGAAGAAGGCUCUCUGUGCGUGCUCGAUGGAAAUGUGUACAAUUGUAUGUGCUGCCAUUGGAGUAUGCAGGUUCCAGUCAACACUACAAAAGCUUUCUCGGACCUUAAUACCCUGGCUGUCCCAGCAGCUGGGCUGGGGAAAUACUGAUCUGUUCUGUUUUCUCUCCACACCUCCCCCCAAACUUCCCCAACUCAGAGACUGUUUUACCCAGCAGUGUUGUGAGUUUUGUGGGAAAACCUUCUGUAGGGUUCUGUGUGCCUUGCUUGGAGCAGUGGGCUGGGCCCUCGUGCUUACAGCCUUGCUGGGGCAGCGAAGGUGAUUUGGUGGCCUCUGGGCCGUGGCCUGGGGCAGUUGUGGGCUUGGGCCCUCGGACAGGCCUGCCUGAACGGGUAGGAGUGCGGUGAACACCUACCCUCCAGCCUUGCUCACUCUGUCCGUUUACCGGGUCCAAGAUUUGCCUGCGUUCGUUGUCAUUGUCUCUGGGACGGAUUAGGGGUUCUCUUAAGUUCCCCAAAUUCCGAUAUCUGGUUACAAAUGAGACUUUGUUUGAAUCCAGUCCGCCCCAUAAGCUAUGAGAAGGCUGAUGGGGCAAUGCCAGAAGGUCUGGCCCCUGUGGGCCUGGAGCAUUGAGUAUGGGCCAGGGCAGGCAAUUAACCAGCCUCCUUUCCUAGCCUUUCUCCCUUCUGGGGCCACAAAAAGACAGAGCACGGGGAAAUAAAAAUGUCCUUAAAAAAAAAAAACCCUCAUAAAAGAAAGUAAGGACAGGAGAGGGGCUGGUGGCGUUUUCCUCUGCUCCUAGGCGAUCAGGUUCCUACCGAGACUCUCCUGUCCAGACAUGCUGUGGGCGCAGAGGCACGCUGCUUUCUCCCACCUUCUCUCCGUUGGCACCAAGAGCGGCCUUGGGUUUUCAGGCCUUGGACACCCCUGGGUGCCGGUGUGACAUUACCCCCCAAUUGUGCCCCUCUCCUGGCCCACGGCCUCUGCCACGGCGGCGGCGGUGCAGCUGCCCGGUUUAUUGUGUCUGUGAGGAGUUGUUUACUUGUUUUGUCUGCUGCCACCCUGCGUCUGAAACCCGCCAAACCAGCAAACUCACCCGGGAGAACAAAGUGCAGUGCUAUCCUGACUCCCUCCCCUUUCCAGCACCGCGGCCCGGGGCCCUUCCAGCCCUCACCUCCUCCCUCACCCUCUCUUUCUGAAGGGAGGAAGCAGAAAUUGUACUAAAAUAGGGCAGCUGUUUAUAGGGUUGGGGGAUUAUGGGGACACCAUAAACCUUCGGUGUCCUGGUGGUAGAGAGACUUGGAGCAGCCCUCCCCUCGCCUCCAGCUUUUCUUCCUUUCCCCUGGCAACUGCCUGGUUAAGGGGGCCACAGUCAUUGAGAAAGCUGAGCCCCCCUCAUUCCUCUCCCCCACUCCUUUCUGCAGGAGUUUUCCCUGAGACACAGGUUGUUGGGUUUUAAAUCAGGGUAAUGUUGGCAGAUUCGUAAAGCUAGAUAAAGCAUGGCGCUCACCUUCCCUUCUCCUCGGCCCCCCAAAAUAGCAGUGAAUUUAAGCAAAUCCUACAAAAUUAAAUUGCCCCUUCGCUAAAGAUCCUAUAAAUUUCCAAUCCCGCCAGGUGUAGAGUCAGAGAGGCGGCUCGGCUUGCCUCUAAUUUUGCUCCUGGCUAUCAAAUCUAAAAGAGUAUCAUUGAAGUAAGUAAUAUUCUCCUUUCUGAAAUUAAUUCCCCCCUCCCCAUCUCUCUCCCUCUUUUCGCCAGCACAGAUUAAAUGGUUCUUUCAAAUCUGCAAACAAUAAAGGAUAAAAUUAUUUAUAGGGAAAUGAGGACUAUGUUUCAUUGUUGGCUUAUUGUUCCAGAACAUAAUAACAUUUUAUUUUCAAGUGGGAGAACUUACAUAAGGGGAAGAAGGGGAAAAGAAAAACCAAGUCAGGGAAGGCAUGGCACCCACACACAAAAAGCUCCUGUUGUAUAUAACUUUUAUGACAUUUACAAUUUCCUCAUGACAACUCACUGUGACGUCAUAAAUGCCAUGUUCUUAGAUUUUAUAAUUCUCAUAAACCUCCAAAAUUGGUCUAAGCAGCACUUGCUCAGUGUGGAGGGUCAGAAGAGAAGCCAGGAGGUCCGGAAUCCUUUGGCCUCAUUCUGGGGGCCAAAAAAUUCUGAAUAUUUUGGAUUUUCAUUUCUUCCUCCUGGACCAAGCAAACCACUCGCUUUGCCACCCAUCCCCUUCCCCGAAAGCUCUCCUAUGCCCCCUCCUCAGCCCAUAAUCAGUUGCUUGAGACAGAGGUAGCACGCUUGGGGGCCAGGCCACAAAAGCCAGAGAUGAUUUCUUCCAGAGAGAACCCACAAGACUGAGUAUGAGGGAACAUAUACUUGGGACCUAUUUUAUUUUUUAACCUUAAGCCAGAGAAGUGAAUUGAGAAGCCAAGCACACACCAGAGUGGGAGUUGAUGCUUGCUGAUGGUAGCAGCAUUAAGUGGAGUUGUAGUAAUGAAAGGUCAGGCAGGAACCUGGAAAGAGAGAGGGAGGAGAGAAAAUAUGAUGUGAGUUAGCAGAGCCCCUCCAGGUACCUUUCUUCUCUGCUUAAUGACAAAUAAAACAAAAGCAGCUUGGGCAGCCUCUAAACCUCUUAAAACCUCUUAACUCGAAAGAGGAAUCACCAGCCCAGGCCUCCGAGGUGUUUGAAGCAGUUCUCAGGCACUUGACAUGCCCCAUCUGGCCUCUUCCUUUCCCCCUCCCUCCCUGUGGACCCCCAAUUUUAUUCAGCUGGCCAACUUGGGCCUUCUCCUAUAAUAUCAGCACCCCCUGAUGGAAUCCAUUUCCGGGUUGGGUGUGUCAAAUUUCACUUUUCUCCAAGUGUCUCCCCGCCUGAACUUUGAAAGGAGAAGGAGCAUGUUUGGGAAGGCAGUGUGUAUGUGGGGAGUUAUGUUCUCAGACAACUUCUCCCACAUAUCCGUGAAAAACGGGGGGCUCUCAGAGAGAGCUGUUCUUUGAUGUCUCCAAGCAGACCCAGCUCCCUGCGUUCAGGUUAUUUGGUGGACUGAGCGAUUCUGCAAUCCUUUCAUUCUGGAUUCUGUGGAGAUCAAAGGAGUUCAUGCACAAAACACUGGGCAUUUAGAGUAGGAUUUAAUUUCUUUUAAAAUACAAAAGCUAAUCAUAGACCAGGUCGGGGCCAAGUGAAUAGUCAGUCACUUUAGAACAGCAAAGUCUUAACCAAACAGUGCGAUUGUGAAGUGAGCUGAACAAGUACUGAAACUCUGAGUUCUCUGCAAGAGGGAUUUCAGCCCUUGCCCAGUGGCACAAAAGGGGCCGGUGGGGGAACAGCUCCUACCAGCUCUGGAAAUUAAGAAUUGGCGGGUGGGCCAGGCAGCUGCCGUGGCUUCCAGGCAGCCAAACGCCGGCCCAGCUGAGGCCGAGCGCCGAGGACUGCGGAUCCAGUGUCGGUCGGUCCCUGAGCAGCCUUCGGAGGCGCCGAGCUGUAGCUGGUGGCGCAGGCAGCCAGGCAGCCAGGAAAGGAGUGUGUGCAUCUGUAUGCGAGACUGGGUGGGUCACAGACAUCCACACGCAGACUUGGGGGAUCUGGGGAGACAGAGAGAGAACUGGCAGGACACAAACUAAAGCAGGACCUCUGAUUGCUCCCAAAUAAAAAUUCCAGAUCUCAGCCCUCUCACUUCAGAUACCUUCCCUAAGAAAUUAAUAUAUUUCCCAGAGCAGAAUGGAAAGCAAAGGCAAGCGAGGUGAGGCCUGACUACGAAUCCCAAAUUCCUUCUGGGCCAGAGCCCACCCAGAUCCACCCACCCUCUUCUCCCUUCAGAGGCCCCCAGACCCCUAGGCCUGGAGCAGGGUGAGACUCCCGAAAGGAGUGUUCUACUCGCCUUGGGAAACCCUCAAGCCCCCAGCUGCCAAUUAGACCCUUAGCCUUGGGGACUCCUGCCCCCCACUCAGGCCCAGGGCAGGCCUGCAGUGAGUUCCUCUCCUAUAAUUAGUGCUUGCGAGAAGCAUGUGUUUUGGAUUGGGGAGGGGGCUGGAGCAGCAAGCGGCAACUUUCCCCCUUUAUUCCUGUUCUGUGUUUUUUUGAAUUCUGUGUUUGAAUCCGCUAAUUACAGCUCCCAAAGCAAAAAGUCUGCUCUCGCUGCCAAACCCCCUCGGAAUGCCUGAUUCCGAGGCCGAAAGGGCAGAGCAACUCGGAGACCUGCGGGCCUGCUGGGGGUGCUCUCUGCUUCUCCCGCUUGUUUUAUAGAAACAAAGAACAAGUUAUCCCUCCCCUUCCGAGGACAUGUGCAUAUUUACAGAGCUCAACUGCAGUUUUAAUAAAACAUCUGUUCUUGCUUCUGUUGAUGAGUUUCCAUAAUUGUUUUCAGACAAAUUUAACAGGAAAAUAUAAAUAUAUUUAGAAAAACCCAAGUCCCAGCUUUCUCCCCAUAGACAGUCGUUCUUUUGCCAAAAUAAAAAGAGAGAGAGAGAAAGAAAGAAACAUAAAAUGAGAAAAGGAAAAUGUAAUCCAAGGGAGGGAAGCUUGGGCUCCUCUGACCUGCUCUCCCCCCUUGGAGCGAAUCCUUCCAGCAGAUUUCAGCUGCUUAAUUAAAGAUCUCACCGAGAGGAGGGCGCUUCUGUCCUCAGGAACGGAAGGUGAUGGGGGAGAAUGUGGUGGGAAUUAAUUUGGCUGAAAGUCUUUAAGCUUUGGGGGAAAUUAUUUGUGUUUCUGCUUCCCCUUCUCUCCCCCUCCCAGCAUCUCUGCCUCCCCCCGCCCGCCCCCCAGCAGCUGGUUUCUGUUCAUUAUAAAUCGGCAGACCUUUCAGUCUCUGCCCUCUGUUUAGGGAUGUAAUAAAACACUUAACUUUCUGGGGCUGAGACUUUCCUCAGGUCGUAGUCGUGUCCCCCCCCCCCACACACACACACUGCCUUUAGGCCCAAAGGAGACUCUCCCCAACUUUGGGACCCUCUUCCCCUCUAGACUUGGUGUGGGAGGGGCUCAGGGGAACUCUGGCAUCCUUGCUGGAGAGCUGAGUAUGUGUUUCCCCUUUUUUCUUCCAAGGACCUUCCUCCCCCCUGCCCAUCCAUAAAAGAGAUUUAAAAACACAUAGAAAAUCAACACUCACUGAAAGCAAAACUUCAUUAAGAUGUCCUAUCUUCUAUCAUUCAAUUUGUUGUACAUUGCAACAAUUUAAUAUCUUGCAGGAAAUAUCACUGACAUGAUUUAUCCCUCUAGCAAUCUCUUUCUGAAAUGGGGGGUGGUGGUGGUGGUGGUGGAAUUUACUCUUUCUUUGGCCUGUUCUACGCCUUACCCGGCUCCCCUCAGGGAGAGAGGCGUCUGUGAACUCUGAGAGCGGCUACUUGUGUCCAGGGGUGCACUGACUUGUUCCUUAGCUCAGCCCCCUGGGUCUCCCCGCCCCUAGUUCUCCCUCUCUCUCCCUUUUGCCCUCCAGGGGGCCUGGAGCCCCAGCCAGCUGUUGGAAACCUCUGUUCAGGCAUGCCAUGAGUUGGAGGACAACUGGAUUCUGAGAGGGGAAAGCGAUUCACGCUAGUGUCUGUGUUUUGUGAACCUGCCACGUCACCCCAAAAAUGAGAUGAUGCAUCUAAAAAUUUCUUCUUAAUUUAAGAAUCCUCCCCUGCCCUUUCACCUUCAGCUUCUUAGGGAAAGGAAAGCAUGGUCCAAGAGGAAGAAUCUUUGUAAUGACAGGGAUCUUUCCCCCGCCCUUCUAAAUAACAGCACAUGUCCUUCUCUGAGGGACUGAGCCUGUGACUUUAAAAGCCAACACAAACUAUUGGGCAGAGAGACUCUUCAGCCCGGUAAGGAGCUUCAUGUAUUAACUAGCAUGUUGUCGCCACCAGUUCCUACACACUGUCUGCUUUUGGGUUCAAAAACUUUAUUUUUCCCCCCUAGCGACACUCCAGGGAAACCUUAACGUUACAGAAGAUGAAUAAACGAGUUUUUUCCCAGCAUAGUCCCGUUUAUGGCUUUAUUGCUACCCAUUGAUUACUCUGCUUUGUUACACAGAAGGAAAAGAUCAUAAAAUCUGGCGACAUCCGGGUCCUUGUUAUAGCCAGUCCUCCCCCCCCCAAAAAAAAAAUGAUGAGGGGAAAAUAUGGGCUUCCAUUGCCCUCUUCCCUUACCCACCACCCCUUCUUUGUCAACUCAAAGCCCUCCUAGCCUAUGCCAUGAUAGCAAAUUAAGUUUGGAUUAAUCAGGAGCGGAAACCCCAUCUGCACACCUUCGGCUGCUUCAGUUCGCCCACUGCGGCUCCCUCAGAAACCUCGGACUCAUCUGCCUUCUCUUCCUUUUUUUCUCAGCUUCAAGGUGGAAAGAAAUGGGGGGUAAGGGCUGCUGAGAGGCUGGGCCCCACCAGGUAUGGCUGACCCUCCUAGGGAGUACUUUGCUGGAAUUUCCAAGCCCCAGAGCCCAGGUCCAAGGGUGCCUCCUUUAGCAGGGAAGAGAGGGGGCAGGGGCUUCUAACAUGUGCAAGGGCUUGAGCUUGCAAGAUGCUAAAAGCCCAUCAGAGUCCCCCGCCCCCAGCCUUCUCUUUCUGGCUGGAUCUUAUGUGAGUUACCCCACCGGCCCUCAAUGGCUCCAAAUCAUAAAUUCUCACCAACAUAAACAGGAGUUGAUGUGUCUAGAAAGACUCUGAGUUCUUUCUCCUUCCUUUCUCUCUCUCUUUCUCUUUCACCUUUUGCUUCUUUCCCUCCCUUUCCUAUAGCAUUUUUUAAAAAUUCUCCCUUUUAGGCAAAAAUGCUGCCAGAGUUUCCCCCAAAAGGGGGUGCUGAGGAAGAGGCAGGGGGAGCUGGGGAAGAGGAAAGCAGUCGCCUGGCCCCUCUGCCCACCUCAGAUCUGCCACUGCCCUGAAGUCUCACCCUCACCCCUCGAGACCCAUUUGCUCCCCUACAUCCAAGACUCUCAGCCACACCCUCCUUCCUCUGAGCACCCUGUUUACGAAUUUCUUCUUACUCUUGAUUUUUUAAAAAAUUGUUGGGGGGGAAAAUGCUGGUUUGGUGAUGAGGAAUCACUUCGUGGGAUAUCAAACCAGGAUUUCCUGUAGGAUUUCUGGGGAUCCCCCCUGAGCUGGGAGGGAGCUCCUCCCAGGGAGAAAUCAGGAUGUAAUUUUAGAAGAGAGCGGAUAUAAAAGAUGAAAUCAGAUUGAAAAUACAGAGAUUCUCCAGCCCUGGCUCUGGCCACUGCACAGCAAAGUUAGCUGGGGCUGAGCUCUCCUCCCCUGGGCCCCACGGCCCUGCUCGCGGACAUUCACCCUUCCCUCACCUCCACACCAGCUCCCUUCCGCGCAUAUAUAUUUUAAAAAACCCAAGUCUUACUUUCAAAGCACACACUUAGUCUCAACUAGGGAAUCAACAGAAGCAGAAGCGAUUUUUUUCCCCCUUCUUGACAUCUGGCUUGCGAUUGGCUGGAAGGGGGUCAGCUGACUUUGUCAUUUUGUCUGUCCUGGAUUGGAGCCGUCCCUAUAACCAUCUAGUUCCGAGUACAAACUGGAGACAGAAAUAAAUAUUAAAGAAAUCAUAGCCCGACCAGGUAAAGGCAAAGGGAUGAAUUCCUACUUCACUAACCCUUCCUUAUCCUGCCACCUCGCCGGGGGCCAGGACGUCCUCCCCAACGUCGCCCUCAAUUCCACCGCCUAUGAUCCAGUGAGGCAUUUCUCGACCUAUGGAGCGGCCGUUGCCCAGAACCGGAUCUACUCGACUCCCUUUUAUUCGCCACAGGAGAAUGUCGUGUUCAGCUCCAGCCGGGGGCCGUAUGACUAUGGAUCUAAUUCCUUUUACCAGGAGAAAGACAUGCUCUCAAACUGCAGACAAAACACCUUAGGACAUAACACACAGACCUCAAUCGCUCAGGAUUUUAGUUCUGAGCAGGGCAGGACUGCGCCCCAGGACCAGAAAGCCAGUAUCCAGAUUUACCCCUGGAUGCAGCGAAUGAAUUCGCACAGUGGGGUUGGCUACGGCGCGGACCGGAGGCGCGGCCGCCAGAUCUACUCGCGGUACCAGACCCUGGAGCUGGAGAAGGAAUUCCACUUCAACCGCUACCUAACGCGGCGCCGGCGCAUCGAGAUCGCCAACGCGCUCUGCCUGACCGAGCGGCAGAUCAAGAUCUGGUUCCAGAACCGCCGGAUGAAGUGGAAAAAGGAGUCCAACCUCACGUCCACGCUCUCGGGGGGCGGCGGCGGGGCCGCGGCCGACAGCCUGGGCGGGAAGGAGGAGAAGCGGGAAGAGACAGAAGAGGAGAAGCAGAAGGAGUGACCGGACUGCCCCUCCACCCCUCUCCUCUCCUCCUCCGCUCCCCCGGCGCCCUCCUGACCACACGCUCUGUAUUUAUCACUGGCACAAUUGGUGUGUCUCGACGCCCUGAGAAAAAUUAGGGAGUCAGAUAUGGACCUGAAAGUAAACUCUGGACCCCCGCCCUCACCGCACAAACUCUCUCUCACUCCGCGCCGCCGCCUCCUCCUCCUCCUCCUCCUCCUCCUUCACUUCCUCCUCCUUCUCUUCCUCCUCCCUCGCUAGCUCGUUCUCGGCUUGUCUGCAGGCCCCUUCCCCCGCCCAGGCCUUGGGGGCUCCGUCCCUGAACCUCGCUUCAGACCCCACUCUUCUCCUUUACAUGAGGACUGGGCCUCCCACCCGCUCGGCACCCCCUCCCGCCCCGCGCACAGAGCCGGCGCCCCGGGCCCGGGGCCUCCACCCCGGGGCCUUGGGGCCCGGCUGGCGGCGGGGAGGGCAGGAGGCCCGAGGAGGGCGCGUCUGGGCCCCAUAGCCGCCCCCAGGGCCUCCCCGCAGCCCCUGCCCGGCCCUUCCGCCCCAGCAAAUGCCCAGCCCCGGCGAAUUGUAUUUAAAGAAUCCUGGGGGUCAUUAUGGCAUAUUACAAACUGUGACCGUUUCUGUGUGAAUAUUUUUAGCUGUAUUUGUGGUCUCUGUAUUUAUAUUUAUGUUUAGCACCGUCCGUGUUCUGAUCCCGUCUUAACAAGGGAAAGAAAGGAAAAGAAAAAAAAAAGAAGAGAGGGAAAAUCACAAAAAGAGAAAAAAAAAAGUGAAUGACGUUUGUUUAGCCCGUAGGAGAAAAAAAAUAAUAAAUUCUAAAAAAUCCCCUCGUGUUACCCUCCUGUAUAAAUCCGACCUCUGGAUCCGUCCCCGAAUAUUUAAUAAAACUGAUAUUAUUUUUAAAAGUUUA